UGGGGAGCCUGUGAGUCUGGACUGGUAUAACCCGCAGGGGGAGCGGAUGGCCCCGUCUCAGCGGGUGGCCCUGCACAAUGAAGGUGUUCGUUCCAGACUCACCCUCUACAAUGCCAAAAUAGAAGAUGCUGGCAUCUACCGGUGCCAGGCCAGCGACGCACAGGGACAUACACAGGAGGCCACUGUGGUGCUGGAAAUCUACCAGAAGCUGACGUUCAGAGAUGUGAGGUCUCCUCAGGAGUUUCGACAGGGUGAUGUGGCUGAAGUGGUCUGUGAUGUCACCAGCUCCCCCGUACCUGUGGUCUCUUGGUUUUACAACAAUGUGGAGAUCAUCGAAGACACUGAGAAGUUUCAACUCCUCCAGAACAACAAUUUGCAAGUCCAGAGAGUAACUAAAGCAGAUGAAGGAGUGUAUCGCUGCGAGGCCAGAGUCGAGGCCAGGGGAGAGAUCGACUUCCGGGAUAUCAUCCUGGUGGUUAACGUUCCGCCGGUCGUCUCUGUGCCACAGCAGUCUUUUAAUGCUACUGCGGACUAUGGAGAAUCUGUGACCUUCACCUGCCGGGCCUACGGCUCACCUGAACCUGAUAUUACUUGGCACAGGAAGGGAGUGCAGCUCCAGGAAUCGGAGCGGUAUGUAAUGAGAGCUCGAGGUAUGACGCUCACAGUUCGAAACAUUCAACAGGACGAUGGGGGCUCCUACACCUGCAAAGCCUCUAACAAGGCAGGAGAAGUUGAGCACGGACUGUUUCUCAAGGUUUUUGUCCAGCCCCACAUUACUAAGCUAAGGAACGUGACGGCUGUGGAGGGCAGUGCUGCUAUGAUCUCCUGCAAGGCUGAGGGUGAACCUUUGCCUGAAAUCUCCUGGAGGAGAGGAAGUGAUGGGCACAGCUUUUCAGAUGGAGAUAAGAGUCCAGAUGGCCGUGUGGAGGUGCGAGGCCGUUAUGGUGAUUCCAUGAUGACUAUUGUUGGAGUCAAGCUAUCUGACUGGGGACGUUUUGACUGUGAGGCUCUCAGCAGGAUCGGUGGACAUCAGAAGAGCAUGUUCCUGGAUAUUGAGUAUGCACCAAAGUUCCAAACCAACCACACUAUAUUUUUCUCAUGGGAAGGGAACCCGGUCAACAUCAGCUGUGAUGUUAUGUCUAACCCUCUAGCCACAAUGCUGUGGAGACGGGAAAAGUUGACCAUCCCAAGUGAGGGUGCUGGAAACAUGCGUGUACACAGUGCCCCCGGCAGAUCGCUUCUCGAGGUUACCCCGAUGUCAGACAGAGAUUUUGGCCGUUACAACUGCACAGCCAGAAACAACAUUGGGAUGCGCUUUCAGGAGUUCAUCCUAGCACAGGCAGAUGUUCCGUCAAACCCUUUCUCUGUUCGGCUGAGCUCUGUGGUACAGCGCGUGGCCACAGUUACCUUCACGAAGCCAGACUCCCAUGGCGGUGUACCCAUCAGUCACUACCUGGUCAAAUACAAAGACAUCAGCUCACAAGACUGGAAGGAUGUGAAAUCACAAGGGACACAGACAAUCGUGUUGCUCACUAACCUUGAGCCCAACACUACCUAUGAGGUGAGAGUAGCCGCGGUGAACGGAAAAGGUCAAGGGGAGUUCAGCCGCACAGAGAGCUUUCAAACUCUGCCCAUACGAGAGCCGAGUCCCCCUUCAGUUCAGGGUCAGCGAGAGGUGGGGAAGGCAUACCGACUGGGGCUGGUCAAGCAGGAUGAUGGAGGAAUGCCCAUCCUGGAAUAUAUUGUCAAAUACAAAACAGAUAAAGAAGAGCAGUGGAUGACAAAACUGGUUCCAGGUGUGAAUGAUUUUGUGCUGCUGCAACCGCUCCAGUGGAAUACGCAGUAUGAGGUGGAAAUCACCGCACGCAACGUCAAAGGCCUGUCUGAACCCACCUUUGUGAAGUUCUCCAUGCCUCAGAAACCUGACAUCACAGAUUCGCUGUUCAGCGGCCUAGGCCUGGGUGCAGUGGUUGGGCUGGGCUUAGCUGGCCUGCUGCUGCUGCUCGUGCUAGUGGACAUCAGCUGCUUCUUCCUGCGCCAGUGCGGCCUGCUCAUGUGCAUCACCCGCAAGCUCUGCAGCAAAAAGACAGCCACAAGCGGCAAGAGCAAAGAGCUAGAGUAGGGCAA